GGAAUGAUGGGCCGGGCCACCUUAAUCUACAUAGUUUAGGAGUCAAUGUCAGGCGCAGAAGAUGGAGGAAGGACAUGGGUAGUGCAGAAGCUGCGGUGUUCUGCUCAAAUCUUGCAACCAAUCUUCAUUCUGCUCCGUUCUUGAACUCGAAUUUGCCGAAACUCAACUUGUUCUCAAUCCCACCACCGAAAGCUUACUCUUUUCCUUCAAUAAGAUGUCGUCCUGUCCUUGGUUCUCCCGUCUUUGGAGCUUCACCGUCAUCAGAUGGUACCCAUGUAAUGGUGGAAGACGAUCUCCAGGCAUUCCUUCAGAUUCUUCCACUGGAUUUACGGGGUAUUCUCAUAGAUGAACCUAAGAGAGACAAACUUCUAGAGGUUAUACUUGACCUGGGUCGGCUGCCAGAGGCACGCUAUUUAGGUGAACCUGGUGGACAGUAUUUGAGGAAUACUGAGGUAUCAAUGAAAGAGUUGGAGGAUGCUCAAAAUGCUGUUGGGGAAUUUGGAGGGGACAAUAGAGCUGGAAUUGAGGGUACCCUGCACAGAAUAUCAGCAAUUAGGAGUAGGAAGGGGGAAAUAGUUGGUUUGACAUGCCGAGUUGGCAGGGCAGUCAGUGGUCACAUUGACAUGGUUCAUGAUCUGCUUCACUAUGGAAAGAGCAUCCUGUUUGUUGGAAGGCCAGGAGUUGGCAAGACUACUGUCAUGCGGGAAAUUGCACGUGUUUUAUCGGAUGAAUUUCACAAAAGAGUGGUGAUUGUUGAUACAAGCAAUGAAAUGGGAGGAGAUGGAAAUAUUCCCCAUGCUGCAAUAGGAGGUGCACGGAGAUUGCAGGUCCCUGAACCAUCUUUGCAACACAAAGUCAUGAUUGAGGCAAUAGAGAAUCAUAUGCCUGAGGUGAUAGUUGUUGAUGAGAUUAGCACAGAAGCUGAAGCACUUGCUUGUCGCUCAAUUGCUGAGAGAGGUGUCAUGCUUAUUGCUACAGCUCAUGGAGAGAGGCUUGAAAAUAUAAUGAAAAAUCCCACACUCUCUAACCUGAUUGGGGGAAUAGAAACUGUUACUUUAGGAGAUGAGGAAGCUCGAGCUAGGAGGUGUAAGAAAAGUGUCCUUGAGAGGAAGGGUCCACCAACAUUUUACUUUUUGAUUGAGAUGAGAGAAAGGCAUUAUUGGAUUACACACAGGACAGAGAAGAGUGUGGAUAUGUUGCUUCGCCAAAGAAACCCAUUGGUGGAGGUCAGAAAGAGAGAUAAUCAGUUCAAGAUAGUAGUUGAAAGAUGGAAGCCAUAUGAUGGGCAUGACAUUUGACCCCAGUUCGAGUUCUGAUGCCACUUACUGUAAGCCCAGCAGGCUUUCAAUAUUGCUUUGGCUAAUUUUUGUAGCAAAUUUAUAAUUGCUGAUAGUCACCAUCUUCUAUCAAGCCAAACACACAAGUUUUCUUAUAAAGAGACGUAUCAACUAAUAUUAAACCAUACCAAAUUCUUGAUUGAGAAAAAUGGAUAUGAAUGUUGAUAAAAGGACACAAGAUGGGAUGUGGAAAGGCCUUUUAUCAUCAUAGUCAGCCGGCAGCAUCUUGUAAUCCUAAACCAUAACUCUUAUCACUUUUAUCCAUUUCAUGUUUGUAUUAUUAUAUGUGCAAUCAAGAUCGAUCAUAUUC